AUGACGGAAAAAGAACUCGUGGCGGAUAUGAGGGCUUUGUUGGAAGCAAUGGAUGGCCAAGAGGCGAGCCCGGCCGAACACGGGAAAGCGGAGGCCGCCACCAAGGGAGAACUACAGACGCCAUCGCCGUCACUAGAAGACAAAAUUGGGCAGUUGCUGGGUGCGCUGCGGUCGAACGACGCCGACGACUGGAUGGGGAAGCCCACACAAAAGGAGUUGGGGAUGCGGUUUUUCACACAACCCGACGAGGCCGUCAACCACGGCGAAGCGAAAGCUAAAACACAAAAAGGCAGUGACGACACCAUUGAUAGCCUAAUGCGCGAGUACCUUGGUGCUGUUGAGCGGGUUUGGCGUCUUGACGAGUCGGCCUCAAAAUAA